UCAAUAAAAAAGAGAAGAAAAAAAAACCAAAGCCAAAAUGGUAAAGAUGCGGAUUAUUUGUGCUGUUUUAUGUUUUGUUGUUCUAGUUAAUGCACACAAUACGAAACCGUUGGCAGAAAAUAGUGGCAGCAGUUUAAAUGCGUUCAGCAAAUUUUAUAGAAAUUGUGAAAAUGCGGAGGAUAUCUUCCGUUGUAUAAAGCAACAAGCAUUGAAAUUAGUCAAUCGUGCAUUGAAUUUACAAUCGAUCAAAGUGGUCGACGGUGUGACACUGUUGCAACGUGACCAAUCGAAUGCCCAACGCAAAUCAGCGGCGAAUGAUAUACAAAGUGAAUCGGAAAUUCGUAGCCUAUCGUCCGAUCAAUUGGACGCAACACUGAUGAACGGUGUUGGUAAAUUGUUCACCAAUUUCCAAAUGCAAUUGAAUUUACCGAAAGUCUUUGAACAAAAUGAAGUCGAAGUGGAAGAAGGACGAAAGAAGCGCAAGAAGUACUUGGGACCAUUCUUGGCAGCCAUGGCUAUCAAAGCUGGUAUUUUGAAGCUGGCCUAUCACUCGAUUGCUAUCGUUGCCGCAAAAGCAUUGAUCAUUGGUAAAAUUGCAUUGGUUAUCAGCGCGAUCAUCGGUCUCAAGAAAUUGGUUGCACCAGAAGGUCAUGAGAAAACCACCUAUGAGAUAGUUAAGCAUCCACACGUACAACAAUCACAUAGUUACUCGUCGUCCCAUGGUGAAUAUGAAAAUGGUCACGACGGUAGUGUUGGCCAAUACCAUCGCAGCUUCGAUCAAUAUGACGAACUAAUGAUGAAAAAUCCAGCGUUCCGAAACAAUUUGUCUCCUAAAUACUAAUUAAUUUUGCGCAAUUAAUUUGAGCAUUCUAGUGAGAUGAUGAGAACGAAAAGAAAGAGAAAAACAAGAGAGUGAGUGGCGUAUAAAUAAAUAUAAAGGAAACGAAAAAAUUUCGUAGACGUUGGAGAAAGUCAAUAAACCAAAAAAAAAAAACUAAAUUAAAUUCAAAAUACUCAACGAACGAACUAGAAAAGCUUCACGUUUUUUAUUUUGUGUUGUUGCUAGAAUGAUGAAUUUGGAAAUGGGCAACCAAAAGAAGAGAAACAAAAAAUAAAUAAAUGUAUACCAAAAAUGCGAAUAGUUUUUUUUGUUUGCGUGUCUUUUGAAUCCAUCGAAUUGAAAUCAAAACAUCGGUACAAACAUCGUACUCAAUUUCCGCCACGAAAAAUGCCAGACAAUUGGGAAAAACAACAAUAAUCGUUGCUUUUUUGAAGAUUUGCAUGGAGAUUUUUGUUUGGCGGAAUUUUUGUACAACAUUAAUACACUUAACACAUACACACGAUCAAAACAUAUCGACAUUACACACUUAACACAUUAUCAUCAUUCAUGCCAACACAUAAACUCAUUCCAAACAUAAAUGACAUAAAAAGACUAACAUAAACACACGGAAAAACGAAUACAGACAAUUUGUAACAUCUAAAACCGAUGAUUUGUCGAAAGGGCUCUCUCCAGAGUCGUUUCAUUUAGAAUUCGAGGAUUAAACACCACCCAACAAAAACCCCUUAAAAAAAUUGUAUCAAAUAUUGUUGUUGUUGUAGACGAACGGGCUGACCAAAAAAAAAUAUUUAAAAAAGAUGAUUAAAUAAUAUUUUCUUCUGUUUUUUUUUCCAAAUAUAUCAAUAUUUUUGCGUUUGAUGUAAGUAAGAGAAUUUAUCCAAUAAGUAUUUAUUUAUUUAUGUAUUGUACCCCGAAUACCUAUUUAUUUUCCGUUUAUUUUGUUGUACCUUUUUUUUAUUGAACAUUACAAAAUUUAUUAUCAUUAAUUUAAUUUUUUUUUGUGUUGUGUGUGAAAGAAACCGAAUGGCAUACAUUCCGUAAAAAAUAGAAAGAAAAACCGUAGCAGUUAAAAUCCAAAGAACUAAAGGAGAAAAAAAAACAA